AUCAGAGAUCUAAAUUAUAUCUCCGCGAGUCUCGGAUACCCUGGAGUUCUGCCAGGUUCUACCACCCCCUUUCGCGUGAGUUCUGCCCAGGACCAGGCACAAGCGGUUUUGCCAGACCGGUUGGCAAAACUGCCGAGUUCUGCCAACAACACUAGGUCACACACUCACAUAAGGCUGGCCAUGGAAAAGGAAUCGGAGGUUUUACUGAUGCCGGUUUAAUGGUGCCACACAGGACCCAGGUGCAGAGCCUCAAGCAGCCCAAAUGUGGCAGAACAAUACUAGUGCAGACAGGUCUUUGCCACUCCAGGAUUACCUGUAGAUAAGUGAUAUUACUUAAAAAGUGAUGCCACUACCACUCCGCUUACAACGUAUAAUAGAACGAAACCCAAUUUUGAUACGUUAUGGGCCGGCGGCAACCUUGACGAUCAUCUUUAUCUUGUUCACAAUGACCUCUGUCGUUCUCACAGAGGUUUAUUUGAGCUCAAACUUCAAAACCCAAGUAAACAUGGAUAAUGCUACGUUGAGUGGCUUCAAAGUCAGUGGAUCCCCCGGUCUUGUAUUGCUCGCCGACAUGUUCUCAAUCGACCUCGAUGGGCAGACAUUUUCUGUUCACUGGUCUCUUGUUGGCGCCUGUGGACAUCAGUAUACAGGCUCAUCAAACGAUAUUUGUAUUCAAAAUCAAUUCGUCAAUAAUGUCGCCCUGUAUCUGAACGGAAAUGCCAGUGUAGAUUGGAACCUAACAACCCCGAUAGGCACGUUUGAUCCGUUAAUGGUUCAAAAUCCUCCACCAGUGACAUACAUACCCGGAAGAAAGUACUUUGCAUAUAUAUCGCUAUUAGCCAUUGACACUGACAGCAAUCAAUCACUGCCGAUAUCUGGCGUAAUUGGAUAUGGAAGUGUGAUAGAUUGGAAUGGUUCCAGUGCAUUUUACCCGACUACAGUAGGGAACGAGACGUUGUACGCACUGGCCCUAACUCUCCGACGACAACGCAUGGUCAAGGCGUUCGCCAUCCUACUGGUUGUCACAAACUGGGUUCUCUCUGUUACCGUUUUAUGGAUGACAGUCCUGGUGCUGUUCCGUGCGCACGUUGACGACAACCUCAUCUUGAUCUCGACAGCAGUACUUUUUGCACUUCCACAGAUCAGGGCCACUAUGCCGGAUUCUCCGCCAUUUGGCGCUUUCAUCGAUAUUGCAGGAUAUUUUAUGAAUGUCUGUCUCGUCAGCAUCUGUACUUCAAUUCUCCUCUUCUCGCAAUUACAGUACCAUUAUCAGCCAGUAGUCAAAACACCGGUCGAGUUCACGCGAUCACAGGAAAGUACUUUUCUUAUUGAAUGAACGGCUCUAUGGGUGCAUAUUUACGUCACAUCGUCAACAACCACUGCGCUGUCCACGAGUUGCAACACACUAGCAUUGAUUUCCCCAUGUCGGGCCGUAACACCCCUCCACAUAUACCAUCGGGCGAUAUUUAAAUGAUCACUUCAU